GGAAAAAUCUCGCUGUGUUGAGGAAUAAAAGUGCAGUCGGGUGCGUUCCCUCUGAGAGCGAGAACAGAGGUAGAAAUUAGAAAAAACCAUAGCAGCAGAGGCAACAGAAACAGGAAAAAGACGGAGAAGAGAGAAGGAAGAGCGAGCGAGUGUGCACGCUUGAGGGUCAAAAGUAGGGAGAAAGCAGAAUAAGGGUUGAUAGACCGUGGAAUCUAAAAGAAUCACACACACAGUUUUGGGUUUUGGUUGUUUUUGGGUUCUCUCCUUUUGCAACCCCACCCCUCAGCUAUUGCGUGCUUCGUACGGUCUAUCCACCCUAAUCUGCAUAUACAAUCUUUUUCCCACCCUUCUUCUUCUUCUUCUUCUUCUUCUUCUUUCUCACACUUUACCAGUUUUGCCGCUGCUACCAUCAGCUUAUUUUGCAGCCUUUUUCUUUAUUUCCCUUUUUUUUUUUGUUUCCUUCCGUUUUAAUUUAUACUGUUGCUGUCCUUUUUCCCAGUUUUAUUUUUAGUGUUAUUUUGGUUAUCUUUUUCGAUUUUUUGGCUUUUGAGUGCGGUGUUCUCUGUUGCCUGUUAAUUUUUUAGCAUAUCAGUAUGACGGACGGUGAGAGUAGGGUUUCAGGUGCUGCAGGCGGCGGCUGCCCAUCUUACUGGCUGGACGCCUGUGAGGACAUUUCCUGUGAUCUUAUUGACAAUUUUGUCGAUUUCGAUACUUCAAUUGCUCAAGAUUCAGUUGAUGAUACUUCAAAUCAGGAUAAUCUCGUUAAUGAUUUCUUUGGAGGUAUUGAUCACAUUCUUGAUAGUAUUAAGAAUGGUACUGGCUUGCCUCCUCUUGCUGAUGGCAGCAGUAUCAAUAAUGGUACAUCGGCUACUGUUGAGAAUGGAAUUCAGGAUUGUAAUGCUGGGGAAGGGUGGUUUAAGAACGAGGCGGUUGAAUUUUGCAUGAAUGGAGAAAAAAGCUCCUCAUUACAAUUAAAUGGUAGUAAUAAAAACAAUUUUGAAAGUAGAGUUCUUCUGGUAAAUUUUGAUAAUGGAUUGAAUUCAUUGGAUGGAAGGGCCGAAGAAAGGUUGAAUUCAUUGGAUAAUUCUGUCAAGGAAAAUGGGCAUAAGGGCGACCAUGAGGGGCCAAGGGAACGAGAUUUUGAUAGUGAAGAAAGGUACUGUAAAAAGGCUAGGAUUUCCGGUUACAAAAAUGAGAGACAGUACUCUAGUAGGGGGCAGUAUGAUUCAAGGGACAGGGAGAGAAGCUCUAACAGGAAGAGGCUGCGAGAUUGGGAUGACAUUGAUAGGAGGGACAAGUAUCAUCUUCGGAGAAGAGAUAGGUAUAAUGGUGUUUGUAGGAGAGAUGGUAGAGAUAGGGAUUGGAGGGAUAGGGAACCAAGGGGUUAUUGGGAGAGGGACCGUUCUGGGUCCAAUGGGAUGAUUUUUCACGCAGGUAAUUGGGAAGCUGAUCAUAACAAAGAAGGAAAGGAAAGCAAUGACAAGGAUCAGGAGUGCAAUGGAAAGGCAGAAAAGAAAUCUGAGGAGACCAAGGAGAAAUUCCCUGAGGAACAAGCCCGCCAAUAUCAAUUGGAUGUUCUUGAACAGGCUAAGAGGAGGAAUACAAUAGCUUUUCUUGAAACUGGUGCAGGGAAGACCCUCAUUGCUGUACUUUUAAUUAAAAGUCUUUGUAAUGACUUGCAAAGGCAGAACAAGAAAAUGCUUGCUGUAUUUUUGGUUCCAAAGGUUCCACUUGUUUAUCAGCAAGCGGAAGUCAUUCGUGAGCGUACUAGUUUCCAAGUGGGCCAUUAUUGCGGUGAAAUGGGUCAAGAUUUCUGGGAUGCUCGGAGGUGGCAGCGUGAGUUUGAAUCAAAACAGGUUUUAGUGAUGACAGCUCAGAUUCUGCUGAACAUUCUGCGACAUAGCAUAAUCAAAAUGGAAGCAAUCAAUCUCCUUAUUCUGGAUGAGUGUCACCAUGCUGUAAAGAAGCAUCCAUAUUCUUUAGUGAUGUCAGAAUUCUAUCAUACAACGCCAAAGGAAAAAAGACCAUCUGUUUUUGGAAUGACUGCUUCUCCUGUUAACUUGAAAGGUGUUUCAAGUCAGGUUGAUUGUGCAAUAAAAAUCCGUAAUCUGGAAAGCAAACUUGAUUCCGUAGUUUGUACAAUAAAGGACCGCAAGGAACUGGAGAAACAUGUGCCAAUGCCUGCAGAAAUUGUGGUGGAGUAUGACAAAGCAGCCAGCUUAUGGUCCCUUCAUGAACAAAUAAAACAAAUGGAAGUGGCUGUCGAAGAAGCUGCACAAUCAAGCUCGAGAAGGAGUAAAUGGCAAUUUAUGGGAGCUAGAGAUGCUGGGGCUAAGGAAGAGCUGCGCCAAGUUUAUGGUGUCUCUGAAAGAACAGAAAGUGAUGGGGCUGCUAACUUGAUUCAGAAGUUGAGGGCUAUCAAUUAUGCACUUGGGGAGCUGGGUCAGUGGUGUGCUUACAAGGUUGCACAGUCCUUUUUGAUGGCUUUACAAAAUGAUGAGAGGGCAAACUACCAGCUUGAUGUCAAGUUUCAAGAAUCUUACCUGGAAAAAGUUGUUAUGCUCUUACAAUGCCAAUUAACAGAGGGAGCUGUGACAGGUAAGGAUGGAAAAUCUACUGACAAUGAGAAUGGAGUUUCCCUAGGUUGGACUGAUCCUGACGAGAUUGAAGAAGGAGAGCUCCCUGACAGUCACGUUGUUUCUGGGGGAGAGCAUGUUGACGUGAUAAUAGGGGCUGCUGUAGCUGAUGGAAAAGUGACCCCAAAAGUGCAGUCAUUAAUAAAAAUACUUAUUAAGUAUCAGUACACGGAGGAUUUUCGUGCAAUCAUCUUUGUUGAGCGAGUAGUAGCUGCUUUAGUUCUUCCUAAGGUUUUUGCUGAGCUUCCAUCACUUAGUUUCAUUAGGUGUGCAAGCUUGAUUGGGCACAAUAACAGUCAAGAAAUGCGGACAUCCCAGAUGCAAGACACAAUUGCCAAAUUUCGAGAUGGUCGUGUGACACUAUUGGUUGCUACAAGUGUUGCUGAGGAAGGACUGGAUAUUAGGCAAUGCAAUGUUGUUAUUCGCUUUGAUCUUGCAAAAACUGUUCUUGCGUACAUUCAGUCUAGGGGUCGUGCAAGAAAGCCUGGUUCAGAUUACAUCUUGAUGGUUGAGAGGGGAAAUCUGUCUCAUGGAGCAUUCUUAAGGAAUGCUAGAAAUAGUGAGGAGACCCUGCGGAAAGAAGCAAUUGAGAGAACUGACCUUAGUCACCUUAAGGAUACAACAAGGUUAAUUUCUGUGGCUGCAGUACCAGGAACUGUAUACCAAGUGGAAUCUACUGGUGCCAUUGUGAGCUUGAAUUCUGCUGUUGGGCUUAUUCAUUUUUAUUGCUCUCAGCUACCAAGUGACAGGUAUUCAAUACUUCGUCCUGAGUUUAUUAUGGAGAGGCAUGAGAAACCAGGAGGUCCUACAGAAUAUUCAUGCAAGCUUCAACUUCCUUGUAAUGCGCCAUUUGAGAAACUUGAGGGUCCUGUAUGCAGUUCGAUGCGCCUUGCACAACAGGCUGUUUGUUUGGCUGCUUGCAAGAAGCUCCAUGAGAUGGGAGCAUUUACUGACAUGCUCUUGCCGGAUAAGGGAAGUGGGGAAGAAAAAGAAAAGAUUGACCAGAAUGAUGAAGGUGAACCACUUCCCGGAACUGCUAGGCAUAGAGAGUUCUAUCCUGAAGGUGUAGCCAAUAUACUCCAGAGGGGAUUUUUGAAAAGAAUGCUGAAUGAGAAGGGAAAUGUUUCAGCAAUAAUAAUGUCAGGGUGUGGAGAUUUUGGUAUCUCCAUUUCAAUAUUGUGGCAGGGAGAAUGGAUCAUAUGUGGAAGAGAUGGUUGCAACAACUCCAAAUUUCUUCAACUUUAUAUGUAUUCUGUUAGAUGCGUAAAUAGUGGCACUUCCAAAGAUCCAUUCUUAACUCAAGUUUCAGAUUUUGCAGUGCUUUUUGGCAACGAGCUGGAUGCAGAGGUGUUAUCGAUGUCGAUGGAUCUAUUUAUCGCUCGAACCAUUAUAACCAAGGCAUCUCUUGUCUUCAGGGGUCCAAUAGAUGUGACUGAAACCCAGCUGGCAUCCCUUAAAAGUUUUCAUGUGAGAUUGAUGAGUAUUGUACUGGAUGUGGAUGUUGAACCUUCCACCACUCCAUGGGAUCCUGCAAAAGCAUAUUUGUUUGUCCCUGUGGUUGGCGAUAAGAUUGUAGAUCCUAUAAAAGAAAUUGACUGGGAUCUAGUUGAAAAGAUAAUUAGAACAGAUGCGUGGAGCAAUCCCCUUCAGAGGGCUCGACCAGAUGUUUACCUUGGUACAAAUGAGAGAACACUCGGGGGAGACAGAAGGGAGUAUGGAUUUGGGAAAUUGCGUAAUGGCAUGGCUUUUGGACAGAAAUCUCAUCCCACCUAUGGAAUCAGAGGAGCUGUGGCACAAUUUGAUAUUGUGAAAGCUUCUGGAUUGGUUCCUAAUCGGGAUGGAGCUGAAAUGUUUAAAAUGGAGUUGCCCAAAGGCAAACUGAUGAUGGCUGAUACUUGUGUUGAUGCUGAAGAUUUGGUUGGGAGAAUCGUAACAGCCGCGCACUCUGGGAAAAGGUUCUAUGUGGAUUCGAUACGCUAUGACAUGACUGCAGAGAACUCAUUCCCAAGGAAAGAGGGUUAUCUUGGUCCUUUAGAGUAUAGUUCAUAUGCUGAUUAUUACAAGCAAAAGUAUGGAGUUGAAUUGAUAUUUAAGCAACAACCGUUGAUAAGAGGGCGUGGUGUGUCCUACUGCAAGAAUCUUUUAUCUCCUCGCUUUGAACACUCAGAAUCCAAUGAAGGUGAAUCUGAAGAAAUUCUUGACAAAACAUACUAUGUGUUUCUUCCUCCUGAGCUAUGUUUAGUGCACCCACUUCCUGGAUCGCUUGUUCGUGGUGCCCAAAGAUUGCCAUCAAUAAUGAGGAGGGUUGAAAGCAUGCUGCUUGCAGUUCAACUUAAGCAUAUAAUAAAUUAUUUUGUCCCUGCUUCAAAGAUCUUGGAAGCCUUGACUGCAGCUUCAUGCCAAGAGACAUUCUGCUAUGAGCGAGCAGAACUUCUAGGAGAUGCUUAUCUGAAAUGGGUUGUUAGUCGAUUUCUUUUUCUUAAAUAUCCCCAGAAACAUGAGGGCCAACUCACUAGGAUGAGACAACAAAUGGUGAGUAACAUGGUCCUGUACCAAUAUGCAUUGAAUAAAGGACUCCAAUCAUAUAUCCAGGCAGAUCGUUUUGCUCCAUCUAGAUGGGCUUCACCUGGGGUUUUGCCCGUCUUUGAUGAGGAUACAAAGGAUGGAGACUCCUCCUUAUUUGAUCAGGAAAGAUUCCUUGCAGAGGAUAAACCAGGAGUUGAUCAUGCCAUCAAUGGAUAUGAAGACGAUGAAAUUGAGGAUGGUGAACUUGAGAGCGACUCUAGUUCUUAUAGAGUUCUAUCUAGCAAGACAUUGGCUGACGUUGUUGAAGCAUUGAUUGGUGUCUAUUAUGUUGAAGGUGGUAAGCAUGCAGCAAAUCACUUCAUGAAAUGGAUUGGCAUUCAGGUAGAGUUUGAUCAAGAAGAGAUAGAUUCAGCAGUAAAGCCAGCUAAUAUUCCAGAAAGUAUACUUAGAAGUGUCAAUUUUGAUGCCUUGGAAGGUUCCUUGAACAUUAAGUUCAAUGAUCGGGGCCUCUUGGUUGAAGCCAUCACUCAUGCAUCACGACCGUCUUCUGGAGUAUCCUGCUAUCAACGAUUAGAAUUUGUUGGUGAUGCAGUUUUAGAUCAUCUAAUUACAAGGCACUUGUUUUUCACAUACACAAAUCUCCCCCCAGGUCGCUUGACAGAUUUGCGAGCUGCUGCUGUGAACAAUGAAAACUUUGCACGUGUUGCAGUUAAACAUAAGCUCCAUGUGCAUCUCCUGCACGGGUCAAGUGCUCUAGAAAAGCAGAUUCGUGAGUUUGUGAAGGAAGUUCAAGAUGAGUUAUCAAAGCCUGGUUUCAACUCCUUUGGAUUGGGAGAUUGCAAAGCUCCAAAGGUUCUUGGUGACAUUGUAGAAUCUAUUGCAGGUGCUAUUUUCCUGGACAGUGGACGAGAUACUGCAGUUGUUUGGAAGGUUUUUCAACCUUUGUUGCAUCCAAUGGUCACUCCAGAAACACUUCCAAUGCAUCCUGUCAGGGAGCUGCAAGAACGGUGUCAGCAACAGGCUGAAGGCUUGGAAUACAAAGCCUCAAGAAUCGGCAAUCUGGCUACUGUUGAGGUUUUCAUUGAUGGUGUUCAGGUAGGAGUUGCUCAGAAUCCACAAAAGAAGAUGGCACAGAAACUUGCAGCUAGGAAUGCGCUUGCUGUUUUGAAAGAGAAGGAAACAGCUGAAGCUAAAGAAAAAGGUGAUGAGAAUGGGAAGAAGAAGAAAAAUGGCAAUCAAACAUUUACCAGGCAAACAUUAAACGAUAUUUGCUUGCGAAGAAAUUGGCCUAUGCCCUUGUAUCGGUGUGUGAACGAGGGUGGCCCUGCACACGCAAAGAGGUUUACAUUUGCAGUUCGUGUGAAUACUACUGAUAGGGGAUGGACUGAUGAAUGUGUGGGAGAGCCAAUGCCAAGCGUGAAAAAGGCCAAGGACUCUGCCGCAGUUCUCCUUCUGGAACUUCUGAAUAAAUGGUACUCUUGACGGAUUAUUUGUGGGUGAUAUUUAUGCAGUUAUAUUUUAAAAUCUAAUUCAUCAUUGAUACCUGAUCCAAUGUAUUUGAUUAUAGUUAUGUACUUGUAUAAUUUUCACUUAGGAUACAUCCAAAUACAAAUGUGCGCAAGACCUCCACUUUGCCAUAUCAAUAAUGCAAGAACACUUAUUUUUAUUGUCAAA